AUGUCGAGCCGAUUUUUCCGCGCGAUCUCAGAUUCGGAGUCCUCUUCUGAAGAGGAGGAGGAGCUUCUAUCUGACGAUGAGCAACAGCCGACAAAGGCCAAAGGCAUCCAAAUGAGCGACGACAGCGACGAAUCUGACUCUGACGACGGCGACGACAGCGACAGCGACAGCGACAGCGAAGAGGAGAGUGAGAUGAGUGACGACGGCGAGCCCAAGGCGCGCAAGCCCAUGUCGCGCUUUAUGCGUGAUGCUGCGAGUGACAGUGAGAGUGAGGAAGAUGCGCCAAAGAUCAUCAAGAGCGCCAAAGACAAGCGUCUUGAUGAAUUUGACACCAUUAUUCGCACCAUUGAAAAUGCGCAGCGCAUCGACGACUGGCUGACGAUCUCGAAAGAGUUUGAUGCACUGUUGCGCUUGUGUACCCGCCAAAAGAAGCUCAACGAGCCUAUUCCCCCUGUUUUUAUCCGCUCCGUCGCUGCGCUUGACACCUUUCUGAACCAGACCGUGGCGAACAAAGACAUGGUUAAGAAGAUGAAAGGCCCGAAUGCCAAGGCGAUGAACGGCAUGAAGCAAAAGAUGAAGAAAACGGUCAAAGAGAACGAGACGGCUCUGCAGCAGUUCCGCGCGGACCCCGAGCACUACGACGAAAAAGUACAGGCCGCCCAAGCAGCGCCACUCGCGCCCACGCUGAUGCCUACGACCAGUGCGAAACCAAUGCCUAUGGACCGAGAGCAUGCGCUCCCCACUGAGCAGGAGACUGCCGACGACGAGUUCCAGACAGUUGGCCCUGGCGGCAAGGCGGCGAUGACUUCCGACGCGCUCUUCAAGAACCUCGCCAGUAUCCUCGAGGCGCGUGGCCGCAAAAGCACAGACAGGAGCGAGCAGAUCAACACGCUGGUCAAGCUGCAAGGCGCCGCGCAUACUCCUUACCAAUCUCUGCGCGUCCUCUUGGCUCUCAUGGCCGCACGGUUCGACUACAGCGCCUCUGCGAACGCGUUUAUGCCAGCUGAAAUGUGGGUGCAGGCGCGUGACGAGCUGAAUGCGCUGCUCAACCUCUUGUCGGAGAACAAAGAGUAUAUUGUGCUGGAAGAGACGGAAGACUACGACGACCAAGUCGAGCGCCGCCCCAACGAAAAUGGCGAAGGUCUUUUUGUUCCUGUGCGCGGCAGUGUAAUCAGCUUUGUCGACCGCCUCGAGGAUGAGUUCAUCAAGAGCCUGCAAAACGUUGAUCCCCACACGACCGAGUACGUCGAGCGUCUGGGCGACGAAAAGAUUUUGUACCAAAUUAUUGUGCGCGGCCAGAGCUACUUUGAGACAGUCAUGACGCAGCCCUUGCCGGAAAAGGUCAAAAACAUUGUCUCCGAGUCUUUGCGCCGCUGUGUGAUGCGCCGCCUGGAGCACAUCUACUCGAAGCAGGACGUCAUCAUCCUUGCCCUCGAGACUGCGAACCAGGAGGCGCAGCCAAACCUUGUGCCUUCGCGCAUUACGCCCUCUUUCGAGGAGGUGUGCAACAAGCAAGAUGGCCCGACGCUCCUUAUUCAUACACUCAGUGUCUACCUAUACAAGCGCUCCGAAGUCAGCGGCGAGCGCCAACGCACGCGGGCCAUGCUCUGCCAUGUCUACCACCAUGCGCUGCACGCCAGCUACCACAUCGGGCGCGACUUUUUCCUCAUGAGCCGCCUUGCGGAGUCGAUCCACCUCGCCGAUGCCGCCACCCAGAUCCUGUACAACCGCGUCGUGGUGCAGCUGGGUCUCUGUGCCUUCCGUGUGGGCCUCAUUCGCGAGUGCCACGCCGCUUUGCAGGAGAUCUUUGCGGCGGGCCGUGUCAAGGAGCUAUUGGGCCAAGGCGUCUCCAAAGUCUCCUUGUACAACACAGCCACUGCCGAGCAGGAGAAGAUGGACCGUCAGCGCCAACUGCCCUUCCACAUGCACAUUAAUCUCGAGCUGCUCGAGUGUGUGUACCUUGUCGCAAGCAUGCUCCUCGAAGUGCCCAACAUGGCCUCGGCGGGCUCCGACCCCGAGCUCCGCAAAAAAACCAUUUCGCGCCCUUUCCGUCGCAUGCUGGACUACACAGACCGUCUCGUGUUCACUGCCCCCCCCGAGAAUACGCGCGACCAUGUGAUGCAAGCGAGCAAAGCGCUGCAGAACGGCGAGUGGAAGAUGUGCAUUGAGCUCAUCCGCGCCAUCAAGAUCUGGAAGCUGAUCCCCGAUCGCGAGCAGGUGCUGGAGAAGCUCGCGCGCCACAUCCAAGAAGAGGGUCUGCGCACGUACCUGUUCAACUUUGGUCCCCACUACGACUCACUCUCCCUGUCUCUCCUCGUCGACACCUUUGAGCUUGGCAAGGAUAUGGUGCGCUCGAUUGUCAGUCGCAUGAUCUGGAACGACGAGCUGGCGGCGACGCUGGAUCCCAUCCACGACGUGGUGGUGUUCCAGCGCAUGGAGGUGAACAAGGUCCAGCAGCUCGCGCUGUCCAUGGCGGACCGUGCAAACGCAAUGCUCGAGCAGAACGAGUGGCUCUUGGACUCCAAGCUUGGCGAUACACGCUCCGGCGGAAACGGCGGCGCGAGUGCGAAUGCGUUCGGCGACGCGAAUACAGACAGAGACGCUGGCCAAAACAGGCGCGAUCAUCGCCGCAAAGGCCGUGGGCGUGGCCAUGUGCAGUUGCAGUCGCAGCCUCUGGGGCAAAAAGUAUAG